AUGCGUGCAAUGGCUUUUUAUCGCACAAACUUUCCAACCCAAGAACUAUUCUCCCUUGUUUCUGUCAUCUUUGUUUUGUUAGGCACAAAUACAAACUCAGUGCAAGCAUUGUCCUUCAAUUUCACCAAGCUCACCCCUGGUGAUUCUAGUAUAACCCUCCAAGGGGAUGCCCAGAUUUUAUCCAAUGGUGUGUUGGCACUGACCAACAGUACGCCACUUCCUCCCGGUAUAACUUUUCCAACUACAGGUCGUGCCUUAUAUACAACACCGGUGCCGCUUUGGGACAGCGUUACUGGCUUAGCUGCCAGUUUUGUCACUUCCUUUUCGUUCGUCAUUACGCGCCCAGAAGGACGUGCUCCAACUGAUGGUCUGGUCUUUUUCAUUGCACCAACAGACACUGUGAUUCCCAACAACUCAAACAGUCAGUUUCUGGGAGUAGUUGAUAGUAGAAUUUCAAUCAAUCGUUUUGUUGGUGUAGAGUUUGACCUUUAUGCCAAUUCUUUUGAUCCGAAUAUGAGACAUAUUGGAAUCGACAUAAACUCUUUAAUUUCGACCAAGACCGUGAGACUGAGAUGGAGCCGGUUGAAUGGUUCAUUGACUAAAGUAACUAUAAUCUAUGACUCUCCUUCAAACACUUUGACUGCUGUUGUCACUUAUGAGAAUGGACAAAUUAUUACCAUUUCUCAAGAGGUUGAUUUGAAAACUGUGCUACCAAACACCGUAAGGAUUGGACUAUCUGCUACUUCAAUAACUGCUCUAGCAUUCGAUAUCCAUUCAUGGUCAUUCACAUCAAACUUGGAAGCAACUACCGGCAAUAUUGUCUCAGACAUAUGA